CACCCAGACUGGUUCCACUCGUUCUCCACCAGCGAAGGCCCAGCCUCUGGUGUGGGGAGGAGUCGAGGUUGAGGCGGGCCUGGAGCGCGAGACAAGACAGGGCAGGGCCUGAGCCCUCACGGCUGCCUUCCUUCUCAGCUGACAGAUACUAUUCCUUUUUUCCCCCGACGUCCUUCACGCUGCAGCGAGCCCCUUCUCCGGUCGGCCGCUGCUGCUGCUGUUCUCCGUUGCCGCCGCCGCCGCCAUGGCCGCCUACAGCAAGUUUCUCACCGCGCGCUAUUCCACCAUGGCCGGAGCUACUGCCGCCGCUUGCGCUCUGCUCUGCUUGCUCAGCAAACGGCGGAAGGCGGCCGCCCAGCACGGAAAGAAAAGUGGAAAAACGUUACCUAGCAAUGAGAAAGAAAUCAAGAAGGAACGAGCUGUAGUAGACAGAGUAUUUUUUGCAAGAAUAUGUCAAAUCCUGAAAGUCAUGGUGCCUAGAACAUUUUGUAAAGAGACAGGUUAUUUAGUACUUAUUGCCAUUAUGCUGAUACUUCGCACAUACUGCGACAUUUGGAUGAUUCAGAAUGGAACAGUUAUUGAGAGUGCAAUCGUAAGCAGGGAUCUGUCGCUUUUCAAGAAAUUCUUUUUUAAAUUUGUAGUUUCCAUUCCACUGAUCUCCCUGGUGAACAACUUCCUGAAGUAUGGGCUAAAUGAACUUAAGUUGUGCUUCCGAGUGCGACUCACCAAGUACCUCUAUGAGCAAUAUCUUCAGACUUACACUUACUACAAAAUGGGGAAUCUAGACAACAGAAUAGGUAAUCCUGAUCAGCUCCUUACACAAGAUGUAGAAAAGUUUUGUAACAGUGUAGUAGACCUAUAUUCAAACCUCAGCAAGCCAUUUUUAGAUAUCGUUUUGUAUAUCUUCAAGCUGACAAGUGCUAUAGGAGCUCAGGGUCCUGCUUCCAUGAUGGCCUACUUGAUUUUUUCAGGCUUUUUCCUUACACGCUUAAGAAGACCCAUUGGUAAAAUGACUAUCACAGAACAAAAAUAUGAAGGAGAGUACAGAUAUGUCAAUUCCAGGCUCAUUACAAAUAGUGAAGAAAUUGCUUUCUAUAAUGGGAAUCAAAGGGAAAAGCAAACAAUUCACAAAGCCUUCCGCAAACUGGUAGAGCACUUGCACAAUUUCAUUUUGUUCCGGUUUACUAUGGGCUUUAUAGAUACCAUCGUUGCCAAAUACCUUGCUACUGUAGUUGGCUAUCUGGUUGUGAGCCGUCCAUUUUUGAACCUGUCUCAUCCUCGCCAUCAGAAUAGUACCCAUGCAGAACUUUUGGAGGAUUACUACCAAAGUGGAAGAAUGUUACUGAGAAUGUCUCAAGCUCUUGGCAGGAUAGUUCUGGCAGGUCGUGAAAUGACACGAUUGGCUGGGUUCACAGCUCGUAUUACAGAAUUAAUGCAAGUUCUGAGGGAGUUAAACAGUGGCAAAUAUCAGCGGACUAUGCUAGCACAAGAAAAGGAUUCAGAACUAGAACAAGCUGUCCCACUGAUUCCUGGCACUGGACAAAUUGUCAUAGCAGAUCAUAUUAUCAAGUUUGAUCAUGUUCCAUUGGCAACACCAAAUGGUGAUAUGUUGAUUAAAGAUCUCAACUUUGAGGUACGAUCUGGAGCAAAUGUUCUGAUUUGUGGGCCAAAUGGGUGUGGAAAGAGUUCUCUUUUCCGUGUCCUUGGUGAGUUGUGGCCCCUGUUUGGUGGCUGUCUGACUAAGCCUGAGAGAGGAAAGUUGUUUUAUGUUCCUCAGAGACCAUAUAUGACACUUGGAACUCUCAGAGACCAAGUAAUCUAUCCAGAUACCACAGAAGACCAGAGAAAGAAAGGAAUCUCUGAUCAGGUGUUAAAAGAGUAUUUGGAUAAUGUCCAGUUGGGUCAGAUCCUGGAGCGUGAAGGAGGCUGGGAUAGUGUUCAGGACUGGAUGGAUGUUCUGAGUGGAGGAGAAAAACAGAGGAUGGCCAUGGCCAGAUUGUUUUACCAUAAACCCCAGUUUGCAAUUCUGGACGAAUGUACUAGUGCUGUUAGUGUCGACGUAGAAGGCUACAUCUACAGCCAUUGUCGGAAAGUUGGCAUCACUCUCUUCACUGUAUCUCACAGAAAGUCACUUUGGAAACACCACGAUUUUUACCUUCACAUGGAUGGAAGAGGAAACUACGAGUUCAAGAAGAUUACUGAAGAUACAGUUGAAUUUGGUUCUUAAAAAAUAAUAAUCCAUAAAUCUACAACCUGCUUCAGUGACUGAAAACAGCACAGGGCAUAAGAAGACAAAGUAUACUGCAAUGCAACAAAGCUACUUGGCUCAUUCUCUAAACCAAUUACUAGGGGUAGGAUAACAAACUGUGCAAAACAAGCUGUCAAGGCUUUACUAUAAUGUAGGAUAUUACUAAUUUGUGUAUAUGUUGGUUUAAUGAUUAAUAUGUACUAAGAAUGUCCUUAUUCUUGUGGUUUUUAAAACCUGCCUAAAUUAAAUUGGGCUUAAAUCAUUGUAACUUUGAUUCAUCCUGGGAUGUAAGCAUUCUGAAGUCAGCUAAUUUGACUUCUUUGUCCUUUGCUUCCUCUGGGGAAGAAUGCUUAUUAAAGUUAGGAUUGCUACCUCCUCUGCUCCCAGUACAAAGAGACAUGAAUUUCUGUGUCAUAUCCAGAUGUAUCAGUUCAUUGUACUGAAUAUCAUACCCUUUUUCACAGGAGUACUUGCCUAUUCUAUUGCAGCAUUGCACAGGACAGUGAGCCUUUCCUUGGUCAAGGUUGUGGUAAUGCUCUACUUUGCACCAGUCCUGGAUUCAGGGGAGAAGUGAAUCUCGGACCUAUAUUUCUAACUGCUAAUGAGAUGGGCGCACUCCAGUGGAAAUCCCCUGUCCCAUUCUCUGUCCCCAGUGGCCCACUGCUCCUCUGGUUCUAUUCUUCCUUUCGGCUCAACAAAAACAAAGUACAAAAUGCUAUUCCAUUGUGGUCCUUGUCCCUGGCUUCCAGGAAGGGAAAUGGGGUCAAAUGAAGAGGGAUGAGAAAGAUGGGAAAGCUGGAGAACAAAGAGAAAGAAAAGGUUAAAAAAUAGGAACACGUGUGAGAUCAUAGACAUUGUCAUUGAGGAGGGGGUCUGAUCCAUGUGAUAGUUCUGGGAAGCUGUGCACAAGUUCUAAAUGGCAUCUGCCACAUGGAUUCAGAUUUUUCAGAGGAUGAUAAUUGCCUUUCGGGGUGGAUGUUUACUGUGCAAUGCCUGAGGCACAGCAGUUCAAAGCCUUUCAGAACUGUUUUUGUUACUUGAGCAUUUUGUUUGCUUCCUAAGAAUAACUUCCAUAAAUAUUACUUAAUGCUUAAUAGUUCCCAAACUGAUAUUAGGUAAUCACAAAGCUUAUACAUGCUGACAAGGCCACAUAAGAUUAUUUUAAAGUAUUAAUUUUCCAGUGGAAGCAGUUAUUAUUGCCACAAGAUAUUAUGGGAUCAUUGCCUAGAGGUAGCCUCAUAGAAGGGUCUGGGAAGAUAAUGGCAAGGCUAAGCUGCCAUUCUGCCCAAAGAAAUCUUUGAAAACCCAUGCCAUGGGGCACAGGUCUGGGUAUGUGGCUUUGUUCAUAUGAUGUAACAUAGAAAUGCACUGCAUGAAGGCAUGCACUACAUAUGCAAAUAAAUGUGAUCACUCCUUUUUUUCAUUUAUGGUAAAAUCAAUAUAUGUUGGUAGUGAUCACAUGUCAGUCUUGAAUUAUCCCCUUUUCCUAGUUAGAUAGCACCUGUCCUAUUUUUGUCCUUUUACUGCUCCCAAGAUGGUGGUUCAGUCCAGUGUUUAUAAAUGCCAUUUUUCUUCUUGUGUUUUGUACAAAUAAUCAGUGGAGAGCUACAACAGGGUAGACUAGCAGUCAAGCUUAGAAGCAACUUACAAUUGAAUUAACUUUAUCUGUCAUCACUUAAUAUUUCUUUCCAUAUUUAAUAUGGUAAAGAGUUGCCCUUCUGUACGUCUGUUUGUUUAAACAACUUCAGCAGACUGAUUCUGAUUUUGGUUAUGCCAGCUGACAUGUGCUUGCCGCGUGAUGAUAAAUCGAGACCGUAUCGCUAAACUGAUUCCACAGGUAGAUCGGCUAGCACAACAGUAUCAGAUUGGUAGUGAUCUGACUUCAGAGGUACAUAUAACUCACAAGAAGCAGGUUGCUUUCUGCUGGUGAAACUUCCUUUUCCCCAAUAACCUGUCUUUCAGGUUAAUACUUUGUAGUGGCUUUUCUCAAGAGUGGUGUUCUCUCUUUUUUUAAUCUUUUUAGAAUGAAAAAUGCAGCUUUUAAAAUAUUUGUAUUCUUUUUCAGAGAGGUCUGCACUAAAAUUUAGUAGUAGUAGACUUUUUAAAAGAAUGUUGUAUUUUUGUCACUAACUAGCAGAAAGUACCCAUUAUAUAGACAGCAUCUUUUGCAGAAAGAAAGCUCAGAGGUAAUGCAGCUCAAGACUGAUUGAUAACACUGAACACAACCAGUGUUAAAUUUGUCUAUCAAACAGAGCAGAUUAACUUCAGUUACUAUUAACCAAUGAAAUUCAUUCAUUGGAUAUUCAGAAAUUGCCUGGCUUUUAUAACAUUUCAAUAUCUCUGCUUUUAUAAAGAGUGCAUCAAAAAUAGUCUGAUCUCACAAGGAAGGAAGUACAUUAAGGUAAAAUGGACCAGAGUGGGAAGCAGUGUUUGAGAUUAUACCUUUUAGUGACGAAUUGUCCAAAUGUGGUCAGAAAUUAUUCAAAAACAUGGUUCAGCUAUGAAUUUGUGCUGUGAUCUUUUAUUUGAUCACUGCUUUUAUGACUGCUUAAACUGGAAUUUUGGGGUGAGGGGAAGCUCAGCGCAAAUGAAGCAUCCCCAUGUCUCAUAUAAAAUUUCAGCGUGGUGAUAUUUGGUGCUCUGGUAAUCACAGAUGGCUCCCAUCUCAAUGGGAAAUAAUUGCUGUACUUUAAUAUAUUGUAGCUUAUAAAGCACAUUGGGAGGAAAGAUGCUAUCUAAAUGUAAGAUUUUUCUAUAUAAGUACCUCUGGAAUAAUAAAUAUGAGACAAAGAUCCUUCUUAAAAAAA